AUGAAUGGCAUCGCCUUCUGCCUGGUCGGGAUCCCGCCGCCCAGCGCCGCGGCGCUGUGGAGCGUGGAGCGGCCCCGCCGCGCCUGGAGGGCCGAGCGCGCCGUCGGCGUGGACUGCAGCUCGCCCGAGCCGCGCUGCAUCUGGCUGAGCAGCCUGUGCCGCGCCGGGGCGGCCCCCGCGCGACCGCGGCCCCGCAGGCCGACGCCGGGCCGGAGAGAUGGGGCGUCUCCAAACGACAACGCGCCCCCCGAGGAGCCCUUCCCCUGGGUGGGCCCCAAGGCGGUGGCGCUGCGCAAGAGCCCCCAGGGCGGCUUCGGCUUCACCCUCCGCCACUUCAUCGUGUACCCGCCCGAGUCGGCCGUGCACUCGUGCUCCAAGGAAGAGGAGAACGGCAACCGAGCGGGUCCCCCCCGGAGCCGCCUGGAGCCCAUGGACACCAUCUUCGUGAAGAGCGUGCGGGAGGACGGGCCCGCGCACCGGGCUGGGCUGCGCACAGGAGAUCGUCUGGUUAAGGUGAACGGGGAGAGCAUCAUUGGGAAAACCUACUCGCAGGUCAUCGCCCUCAUCCAGAACAGUGACGAUGUGCUGGAGCUCUCCAUCAUGCCCAAGGACGAGGACAUCCUGCAGCUGGCCUAUUCGCAGGACGCCUACCUGAAGGGCAACGAGCCCUACGCCGGUGGGGCGCAGAGCAUCCCCGAGCCGCCCCCCGUGUGCUACCCGCGCAAGACCUACCCCUUCCAGGCUCGGGCCGAGCCGCUGGCCGACGCACGGAGCGGCCGCGCGCCCGCGCCGGGCCCCGUGUCCCCGCCACCCGCUGCCAGCAGCCACGGCAGCCCCAGCUCGUCGGCGUCCUCCGCACCCAGCAAGCAGCCCGCGGAGCACCGGAGCCGCACGGCGCCCAGCCGGCAGGAGUGCCAGCAGGCCCUGUGCCGCUGGUUUUGCAGCCGGGAAGCUCGCCGGAGCGCCUCGGAGGAGCGGCGGCACGGGCUGGCGCCGCGCUGCCGCAGYGCCUCGCACGAGCGCCUGGGGCCGGCGGCGCGGGGCUGGCCGCACAGCGCCUCGCACGACACCCUGCUGCAGCAGCCGCGAUCCGCCUGGGCGCCGCGCGCCCGCUCCGAGAACCACCUGGGCGCCUACGGGCGCUGCGCCGAGGCGCCGGAGCCUGCUGGGCGCCACUGCGCACGCAGCGAGAAGCCAGGCCGGGCCGCAACAGUGCCCGCCACGCAYCCCGGCCAGCCCGGCUACGCGCCUUCCUCCUGCUCCUCGUCCUCCUCGCCCCGCGAGCCGCCCGCCGCCCCCGUGCACAAGCAUCCGUCGCAGCCCAACCUGCCCAGCGCCGACGACGGCGGCUACAUCGGCUACCGCAGCUACAGCCCGUCCUUCCAGCGCCGCACCGGGCUGCUCCACGCGCUCUCCUUCCGCGACCCCCAUUUCGGCGGCCUUCCCACCUUCAGCAUCCCGCAGCCGGCCCCCCCGGCGCAUCCCAGCCCACUGCCCGCCCAGGCUGCCGAGGCCGUUCCGAGGAUGGAGAGCGACGUGCGGACGCCGGAGCCGCCCAGCGAGGAGCGGCGCGAGGAGGUGGUUCUGCGGCAGAAGCCGCCCACGGGGCGCAAGGCACCCGCUCCGCUGCGGCAGAUGAACUUUGUGCUGGCCGCCGACGCCAGGCAGGCGGAGCCGGGCGGCAGAGCGGCGGGCGAGCGGCCCGGCCGGCGCGUGGCCCCCUUGGCAGCCCCCGAGGACUCCCUGGCCUCCAUCCCCUUCAUCGACGAACCCACCAGCCCCAGCAUCGACCUGAAGGCCAAGCACGUGCCGGCCUCCUCGGUGGUCUCCAGCGCCAUGAACUCGGCGCCUGCCAUCAGCACCAGCCCCUCCUCGCCCUCCUUCGCCUUCGCCCUGAGCCGCCACUACUCGCAGGACUGCAGCAGCAUCAAGGCCAGCCGCCGCUCCUCCUACCUGCUGGCCAUCACGACCGAGCGCUCCAAGUCGUGCGACGACGGCCUGAACACGUUCCGCGACGAGGGCAAGAUCUUGAGGAGGCUGCCAAGCCGGGUCCCCAGCCUGCGGAUGCUCAGGAGCUUCUUCACCGACGGGUCCCUGGACAGCCUGGGCACGUCCGAGGAGACCCGCUCCAAAAGGCACUCCGCUUGCGACCUCUCGGACGUGCCGUUCAGCGACGUGCGCAGAGAGGGCUGGCUCCACUACAAGCAGAUCCUCACCAAAAAGGGGAAGAAAGUUGGCGGCGGCAUGCGGCAGUGGAAGCGGGUCUUCGCCGUGCUGCGCGCCCGCUCGCUUUCCCUGUGCAAGGACAGGCGGGAGGCGCUGACCUGCGCCCCACCGGCCCCAGGUGAGGAGGAGCCGCCGAUCAGCGUCCGAGCGUGCCUGGUGGACAUUUCCUACAGCGAGACCAAGAGGAAGCACGUCUUCCGCCUGACGACCGCUGACUUCUGUGAAUAUCUCUUUCAGGCAGAGGAUCGGGAAGACAUGCUGGCCUGGAUCAAAGCCAUCAGGGAGAACGGCAAGGCCGAGGGCGAGGACCCCGGCUUUGCCAGCCAAGCGCUAAUCAACAAGAAGUUAAAUGACUACCGCAAAGUGAGCCCCGCCGGCGCCAAGCCUGACUCGUCGCCCAAGGGCGCUCGCGGGCUGGGGAUCCGAGGCGAGUUCCUGAAGCCAACAGGAACCAGCGCGCCCCGGUCCCCGCGGCAGGACGCGGCCGUCACGAAAGAUGAGAGCAGCUCCCAAAAAGCCCUUUGGGGCAUCAACAUCAUGAAGAAGAACAAGAAAUCUGCCCCCCGAGCCUUCGGCGUGAGGCUGGAGGAGUGCCAGCCYGCCCCCGACAACAAGAACGUCCCGCUCAUCGUCGAAGCCUGCUGCAAGGUGGUGGAGGACAGAGGCCUGGAGUACAUGGGCAUCUACCGGGUGCCCGGGAACAACGCYGUGGUGUCCAGCCUGCAGGAGCAGCUCAACAAGGGCGCCACUGAGAUCAACCUGCAGGACGAGCGCUGGCAGGACCUGAACGUCAUCAGCAGCCUGCUGAAGUCCUUCUUCCGCAAGCUGCCCGAGCCGCUCUUCACGGACGACAAGUACAACGACUUCAUCGAGGCCAACCGCAUCGAGGACGCCAGCGAGCGCAUGCGCACCCUGCGCAAGCUGAUCCGGGACCUGCCACGUCACUACUAUGAGACGCUCAAGUUCCUGGUGGGCCACCUGAAGACCAUCGCGGACCACUCGGAGAAGAACAAGAUGGAGCCCCGCAACCUGGCGCUCGUGUUCGGCCCCACGCUCGUGCGCACCUCCGAGGACAACAUGACCGACAUGGUGACGCACAUGCCCGACCGCUACAAGAUCGUGGAGACCCUCAUCCAGCACGCUGACUGGUUCUUCAGUGACAAGGAGGACAAGGGAGAGAAGACCCCUGUGGAUGAGAAGGAGGCUCCAUCUGUGCCCAACAUCGAGUACCUGCUGCCCAACAUCGGCAGGACCGCGGCGCCCGCCGACGCCCCAGACUCGACCCACAGCGGCCCCAGCAAGCUCAAGGGCACGUGGCCGUCGCGCCGGGAGCCGCCGCAGCGGGAGCCGCUCGCCCUGCCCUUCGUCUCGGCCGUCACCCGCAAGCGGAGGAAGCGGCGGGAGGCCGAGCGCGCGGGGAGCAGCACGGACGACGACGGCGAGCACCGGGAGCAGGCGGCCGCCGCCGCCGCCGUCCCCACGGCGCCGGGGCCACCCGGAGCGCCCCGAGCCGGGCAGCCGGCGGCGCGCGACGACGCGCCGGACGCGAAGGGCGGCUGGCGCCGGCACACCGUGGUGCUGCCCGCCGCCGCCGCCGAGCUGGCGCGCGGCCACUGGAUGGAGCCGCGCGGCGCCGAGGCCGCGAGGAUGAUGAUGGUGACGAUGGCGCCGGCGCCGCGCCGGCCGCCCGACAAGGACUCGGGGCUCAGCAGCUUGGAGUCCACCAAAGCCCGGCCAGCGGCCACCGCGGGGACAGCGGCCACCCGCAGCCCCCCGGGCAGCCCCGGCGCCUCCCUGCGCUUCCAGCCCCCGCUCUGA